AUGAUCGCUACGGAAAAGAAUGAUCGCUUCCAGGCGGCCCUCACUCGGCUCUUGCAAACACAUGUCGUCGAGGCCGAGAGAUACCAGAUCCGCACCGCCCUCAUGUGGCUCGCCGUCGCCCUGCGGCCCGUCCGUGCCGCCGAGCUAUGGAUGGCCAUUGUUAUCGAGGGCAACAUGAACGUGGAGUUCGUUGAGUCCUACGUUGAUGAGACUAGGACUGUGGACGACGCAGAGGCCAUGGCCCUGAUCAAGGGGCUUGUCGGCGACCUCAUCACCUUCCGCGCUGACAACGCUGGACGCUACUUUGCCUCCCUUACCGACCCGGACCUGCCGGCCUAUAUGACCGCGCUCGACUUCGACGGCGACAUGGGCCUGUUUUCCUUCAACCCCAAGGACUCCCACAUGAUCGCCGCGUGUAUCUGCUUCAUGGUCUGCACCAGCUCGGUCAUGCGCACCUCCCACGUCCACAACAACUCCACCGCCUCGUCGCUCGUGGCCUACGCCUGGGCACACUGGAGCGAGCACCUGUCCUUGUCCGAGUAUCAGCUCUCAAACGAGCACAUGGCCACCAUGAUGGACUCCAUGGUCUUUUGCAUCUCCACCGACAUCCUGGCCUUUCUCUUGACCCUCAACGACUUCAUCACUGGCCCCGUCACUUUCCCCGCGUCGGACGACUACAUGCAGUCUGUGGCGCUCGUGGGCAAAGCACAGCUAGCUCUGGAGCAGCCGAUCAAGACUCUCUCGAAAUACGUUCAGAAUUACGGAUGUUCCCGGGUACUGCAAUCUGCUCGCAGUCUGUACGAAGCCUCUCGAGGCGAUCGCCAGUCAAGCGAGCACGAAAGGCGACCCCUGCACGCCGUUUCCAGCAGCACCGUGUCCAAGACUAGCUCGCUUCUUGUUGACGAUCUGAUCCGCAAGUCAAGCACCUACUUCGGCCAGGCAGAGUGGGAUCUCGUCAAUGACUAUGCACGGAUCGCGCGUAACAUACGCGAAGUCUGUGUCGUCUUCUCUCAGCCCCCGAUCUAUGAGGAGCUGUCGAAGGAGUUUGAAAACUGGUCUCCGAUAGAUACCCUCGUCAGCAUGGCCAACUUCGCCGAGGGCAUUGCGAGCUACCCCUACUGGAAUGAGUUGCCCAGAGGAACUACCACUACAGACGCUUUUGACAUCACCAACCCCCAAGAUCCUAACUACCAGGUGGCUCAACUAAUCAGAUCCCGCCUAAGAAAAGCAGAUACCCUGUCCGAAUCGAAGGAGCAAAAGUCUGAUAAACAUCUGGAAAUGCCGCCCACUCCGGCCGAUCAGAAACCCAGCCAGUUCACUAAGAUGCGAUGGCACGCCGCCAUGGCCGUGGAGCGGUUCAAGAACACCAAGGCCAAGAUCACGCACGGCUCGACCUUCACCCUCAACGAUCUGCGUACCCUCUCUCAACGAACCACCUCCUUCGCCUCCAUCCCCGCCGGCGCCUCCGGUGGAGACCCCUUCCAGCACGUCUCGCCCCUGAUCCCCAACGCGUUGCGCCGCUUCUACCGCAAACGCCUCUCUCCCGUCGUCAACUGGCUCAACGGCUCGGGCAUGAUGGGCUCGCUCGACAGCUUCGGCGGCGGCGCCUUCACGGCCGGCAUGGCGAACCUGUGGCCCAACACCAAGAUCGGCGUCCUCUCGGACGGCUACGGCGUCGCGGUGGUCCACUUCCUCUUGGCCGUCCUGCUCAACCACCUGCGGCGCAUGUUCGUCCCCUGGCUGGGCACCUACAUGUUCUACCACCCGCUCGAGGACCUGCGCCUGGCCCUCUCCAACCCGGACGUCUACCUCAACCAGGCCCUGUCGGUCAGCUACACGUGGAUCCUCGCCCACCAGGCGCAAAAGUACCUCGUCGACCUCUUCGGCAGCUGCAUGAUCGGCUUCAUCGCCGUCAACUGCGGCCGCUGGCCCGACGCCACGGUCGAGCCCCUGCGCCGCGCCGACCCGCGCAAGGCCCUCUGGCUCGAUCGCGCCAUGCACGCCGUCAAGGUCGGCUACCUCCUCUACUGCUUCAUGAACGCGUCGUACAUCCUCGACCGCAUCAGCAGCACGGUCGCCUUCCUCAUCGCCGCGGGCAAGCUGCUCUUCGGCGGCGACGCCGAGCACAUCGCCCUCGGCCGCCUGCUGCGCCGCCACCUCUUCGUCCUGCCCACGCUCGGCUACCAGGUGUACUCGUACGCGACGUCGUGCGUCUGGCCGCUGGCCUGGGGCUCCGUCGUCUGCGCUGUCGUGGGCCAGCCGGGCCUGCUCUUCGUCGUGCUGCUCGUCUCGGGCACCGUCUACGCGCUGCUGCGGUACCGCGCCAAGUUCUACAUCGCGCUCGAGCUGAGCGGCAUGUUUGUCGUCGCGGGCCUCCUGCUCGUCGCGGGCCUCCUGCUGGCCGUCGAGUUCGUCGACGACCCGCUGGGCCUCAAGGCGGGCACGAGCCGCGCGCGGAGGGUCGGGAGCGCUGCUAAGGGUCUGAUGCCGAUCGGUGGUAACACGAGGGCGAAUGUGCUCAGGGGCCAGAAGGCGGAUCCGAUCAUGAUGCCUUCGUCGUGGACGGCGGAAAAAGAGGUCUCCGGCCCGGUGGGGGAGCAGCAACAGCAGCAGCCGAUUGGAGUUGUGGGCGGCGGUGGCGCGCCGGUUGAGGAGGUUGGCGUUCAGGCGCGGGUAGAGGAGGUGCAGGAUGCUCAGGAGGGGAUGGGUCAUGCUAAGAAGGAUUAA